CCCGGACGGAAGUAGUGGUGCACAGUCAAACACACAAACACUGAUGGCGAGCAAAACGUUGAAUGUGAGAGCACAUUGGUGGGUACUAUAAGUCCAUUGUGUUGUUGGUCAUCUAUUCAAUCAGUGCGCCAUGCCUACCGUGGUCCUAAUGGACGUGUCUCUGUCCAUGACACGGCCAGUGUUGCUGGAUGGCAGCGAGGAGUUUCAGAGGAAGAACCUGGCUGUCCACGGACUGAACAUGUUGUUUGAACACAUGGCCUCAAACUACCGCUUGGAGUUCACAUCACUGAUGGCCUUUUCUUCCCUCUGGGAGCUCUUGGUGCCUUUCACCAGAGAUUACAAUGCAUUACAGGAGGCUCUGAGCAACCUGGAAGAUUAUGACAAGACAUGUCUGGAAUCAGCUCUUAAUGGAGUUAGUAAUGUGGUACAGCAGGAGUGGGGCAGUGCCUGUCCCUGUCAGGUGGUGCUGGUUACCGAUGGAUCUCUUGGUAUUGGAAAGGGUUCCCUACGUCACUCCCUCCAAACACUGAAGCAUCGAGUGGAUGACAAGAAGUUCCCACUCCCUUUCCCCUUCCCUACCAAAAUGUUCAUCAUGUCUGUAGCCAAUGCAGAGGAGUUACAGAUGACUGAUGCCAUGGACAACUUGGAGGAGCUACUUCGUCUCAGCGGAGGUGAUGGACAGAUCUUUACUACGGAGGGACCUCUUUGCAUGAAGAGUGUACAGGCCAUGUUUGGGAGGCUGAUUGAUCACGCGUACACUCCCCUCCAUGCUGUGCUGCACUGUGGGAACUUGUCCUCGGACGUUCAGGUGUUCCCUCGGCCUGAGCCUAUUGUGAUGGAUGAAGAAGUGGAACCCAUGCCCCGAUCAGUCAAUACUGAUUUGGAAAUUGUCGGCUUCAUUGAAAUUGCUGACAUUUCCAGUCCUCCUGUUAUUUCUAGACACUUGGUGUUGCCCAUUAAUGUAAACAAAGAGGUGGAUGAAGUUGGCACAGGAACCACAGAUGAGCUUGAGGAGGAACCCUCUGCCAGUCAAAUGGCAGGCAAAAGUCCAAAUUUCUGUGUACUUUUACAUGGCAGCCUGAAAGUGGAGGGCAUGGUGGCACUGGUUCAGCUGGGGCCGGAAUGGUACGGCAUGCUGUACUCCCAAGCUGACAGUAAAAAGAAAUCAAACCUGAUGAUGUCUCUGUUUGAGCCCGGUCCAGAACCUCUGCCUUGGCUGGGCAAGAUCACACAUCUGGGACCAAUAUCAGAGGCUGCUGAAAAUCCCUACGGAGAGGACGACAGUAAAAGUCCUUUCCCUCUGCAGCCCUCGGCCAAACGAAGCUACGCCCAGAAUGUCACUGUGUGGAUUAAGGCCAGUGGACUACAGACUGAUGUCCAGAAGAUCCUGAGGAAUGCAAGGAAAUUGCCAGAUAAAACUCAAACCUUCUACAAGGAGCUAAACCGUCUUCGGAAGGCCGCCCUGGCUUUUGGUUUCUGGGAGCUCCUGAAGGGAGUGGCGGACCUGUUGGAGAGAGAGUGCACCCUGCUGCCAGACUCCGCCCACCCGGAUGCCGCUUUCCAGCUCUCCCACGCUGCACAGCAACUCAAACUGGCCAGCACUGGUGACUCCCAGUAUGCUGCUUUCGAUCACAACAUUGCUCCAAUGCACACAGACUUCUCCAGCUGAGCCACGUCUCAAUUAGUAAUUACCUAAAAUAUAGUACCCUCAGCCUGUAUGUGUGCUUUAUGUGGUUUAAAGAAAUCUAAGUGAACCUAAAGGAGUCUGUUUGAUAACGUACUCCUUUGACUGAGGUGAUGAGGUGUUUGUAAAAUAGGUGUUUUCUUUUUUUUUUUUAACAUGUUUCUUUGUAUGACCGUUUCCACAAAUUGACCAGAUAACAUUUUUUUAUUCAGUGUCAAAUAACAUUUACAAGAAACCUGUGAAAUGACUGUUAUUGUUGGCAUUUAAAAUUCAGGUGAAAAUAAUGAAAUAAAGCGGGGAAGGCAUACAAAGUCUACAUAGCAGGAUAUUAUUGAGCAGAAGUGACACAAAAUGUUCAGAUUUUAGAAGUAACCAGAGUCGUUUUUCCUGAGGUUUGUUGGACGGUUCAAAAAUCUGGAAUGUUAACAAUUAAAGUAUUUCUUGAGAUUU